UCCCGACGAGCGGCCGUUGGCUUAUGACGCCCAACUCGCGCGCUGAAACUUCCGCCGCGGGCGCCGAGGGCUAAGUUCUGUGCGGGCCUGAGAAGCCGGUCAGGUGGAGACGCUGCAGGGCUAUUGCCAGACUCCGAACUGGGUUCUUCCGGCGGGAUUUGGAGCCCCGGCCCUCUCGGCUACUGCGGUCGUGCUCUGCUGUGGGACGGAACUUAGGGCGCCUUUGGAGGCGGACGGAGCUGGUUUCGGGACCUAGGCACUCUGGGGGCAUUGAGCAUGGCUGCUGGUCCGGGCUCCCAGGAGCCGGAAGGGCUCCUGAUAGUGAAACUGGAGGAGGACAGCACCUGGAGCCAGGAGGUACCCCCGCCGGACCCAGACUCCAGCCCGGAGGCCUCCCACCUGCGUUUUCGACGGUUCCGCUUUCAGGAGGCCUCUGGUCCCCGAGAGGCCCUUAGCCAGCUGCAGGAGCUUUGCCAUGGGUGGCUGCGGCCGGAGUUGCGCACCAAGGAGCAGAUACUGGAGCUGUUGGUGCUGGAGCAGUUCCUGACUAUCCUUCCCCAAGAGAUUCAGAGCAGGGUGCAGGAGUUGCGCCCGGAGAGUGGCGAAGAAGCAGUAACCCUUGUGGAGCGUAUGCAGAGAGAACUUGGGAAACUGAGGCAACAGGUCACAAACCAAGGGCGGGGAGCAGAAGUACUUUUGGAGGAGCCUUUGCCACUGGAGACAGCAGGAGAGUCACCGAGCUUCAAGCUGGAGCCAAUGGAGACUGAGCGAAGCCCUGGCCCCAGGCUGCAGGAGCUGCUAGACCCCAGCCCCCAAAGGGACCCCCAGGCUGUAAAGGAGAGGGCAUUAUCUGCUCCCUGGCUCUCUCUCUUUCCUCCUGAAGGGAAUAUGGAAGAUAAGGAUAUGACUGGGUCCCAGUUGCCCGAGAACUUCGAAGACAUGGCAAUGUAUAUCUCUCAGGAGUGGGGCCAUCAGGAUCCUAGUAAGAGAGCUCUCUCAAGGGAUAUGGUGCAAGAUAGUUAUGAGAAUGUGGGCACACUAGAGUCUUGCAUUCCCGGUCAGGAGGUCUUGAGCACCCAGGCGGAACAAGAAGGGAAACCGUGGGACCCCAGUGUGCCGAGCUACAAGGGAGAUGGGAGCCCCAGAGAACCAGUUCCAGGGGUAGAAAAGUUUGAGAACCCAGAAAGAAGUGUUGAGUCUGUGUCUCCUGAAAGUACCCAUCCUCCAGUACUGCUGCCUGGCCAGGCCAGAAGGGAGAUGCCCUGGAGUCCUGAGCAGGGAAGAGCUGAUAACAGAGAAGAAGGACACUGGGACUGUCCCCCCGAGGACACAGUAGAGGAGUCCUUGGUGGGAACCACAGGUUGUAGAGGACUGGCCCGACCAAAGGGACAGCCCAAGAAGCUUCAUCUGUGCCCCUUAUGUGGCAAGAACUUUUCUAAUCACUCAAACGUCAUCAGGCACCAGAGGAUACAUGCAGCAGAAAAACUGUGUAUGGAUGGAGAGUGUGGGGAAGUCUUUGGUGGGCACCCACAUUUUCUGUCACUGCAUAGAACACAUGUUGGGGAGGAAGCUCAUAAGUGCCUUGAAUGUGGGAAAUGCUUCAGUCAAAAUACCCACCUCACCCGCCAUCAGCGCACCCACACAGGUGAAAAGCCCUAUCAGUGCAGUGUCUGUGGGAAAAGCUUCUCCUGUAACUCCAACCUCCACAGACACCAGAGGACCCACACUGGGGAGAAGCCUUACAAGUGCCCAGAGUGUGGGGAGAUCUUUGCUCACAGCUCCAACCUGCUUCGGCACCAGAGGAUCCACACUGGAGAGAGGCCCUACCGGUGUAGUGAGUGCGGAAAAAGUUUCUCUCGAAGCUCACAUCUUGUCAUUCAUGAAAGAACCCAUGAGAAAGAGCGACUUGACCCUCUCCCUGAGUGUGGACAGGGAGUGAAUGGUGGUGCCCCCCUUCUUACACACCGUGGAGCCCACAGAGUGGAGAAGAGACUCUUUGAAUGUUCAACUUGUGGGAAAAGUUUCCGGCAGGGCAUGCACCUUACCAGACACCAGAGAACACACACAGGAGAAAAACCAUAUAAGUGUAACCUUUGUGGGGAAAACUUCUCUCAUAGAUCUAACUUAAUCAGGCACCAGAGAAUUCACACAGGAGAAAAACCCUAUACCUGUCAUGAGUGUGGAGACAGUUUCUCUCACAGUUCCAACCGGAUUCGUCACCUGAGAACCCAUACAGGAGAAAGACCAUAUAAAUGUUCUGAAUGUGGAGAAAGCUUCUCUCGGAGCUCACGCCUUACAAGUCAUCAGGGAACUCACACUGGUUAGAAACAAUGGGGUUUCUUUUUGCCCUAGUUUUGGCAGAAAGUUAUCUUAUCCAGAGCUGGUAUUCUCUGCCCAUGUGGUGUAUUUUGCUGGUAAUUAAUAUAAAGAAAUUGGAACUUAUUUUAAGGGAGGUGCAGAGGUGAAGAACUAGCUUAAACCUCAAGUUUCCAGAAGUAAGAAUUGAAGUUCUUGGAGGUAACCUGCUCAGGGCCACUUAUCUAUGAAGUUCAUCCUGCCUUCAGGUGCACCCACAUUCUUUAUUUUGACUAAGGUAUGGUUUGGGUGCUGUACUGAUUCUAGUAUUCCAACAGUUUUGGGAAUACAAGUGACUUCAAUUCCCUCCUUAUUUGUGACAUUUAGCAGGAGAGUUUGGGCUCCUGAGGCCCUUGAGACCAAAGAAGGGCUAGGUCUCCUGGGAGACCAGUUGAAGGUCAACAUGACUGAUUUUAAGUUGCAUCUUUUUGCAAGGCCCUGGCUGGGAAGUCCCGGACAGUCUAAUUCUAACACUACAGUACCUACUCCUCUGAGUAGUUUGGCAGGAGUGCUCAUUAUCAUAUAAGAUGACCUCAGAAAAAAAGGGACUAGAGACAUAGGAAGUCAUAAGAUAGAAUCUGCAGGUGAGCCCAGCAGUUAACAGAUUAAAUGGAUAUGUGGUUGCAGUCUACCUUUCUGGAGAUUGAGACUUUCUUCCACCUGUUAAAAAGGUGCAUAGCGCUCUAGAGACGUGUUUCUAGAAGGUUCCAUGAUUCCUCAGAAACAAAAACAGAUCCUAAAGAAAUUAGGAAUUAUGUCUUUCCCUGUUGAAAAUGUUUGAAAGGUUUAUAAUAAAUGUCUCCCAGGAAACAUGA